AUGCCGGCCGAUAAAGAAUCCGGUACGGUGCCUGGUUUGCACUGGUGCCCAGUGCAGGGUUUUGGCCACUUUAGGCGUUCUAGACGUCUAACACGGGUCGUCGCGACGAUUUUCCACCUUCGGCGCGAGGACACCGAACACAAUCAGGGCGAGCACAACAACAACGAUGGCCAAUUAGAAAACAAACAGAAAAACCCCGUUACAAGCGACUAUCUGUGUCACCGCUGUUCACUGCUGCUGGAAGCGCCGGUAUCGCUUCGUCAAGUACGUACUACCAACCAAGUCGCUAUUUCGUUGUCACCAACCGGUAACUGUGACAGCAGGGCCUACUACAGCCGAUCUCUGAUCGACACUGGACAGCAGCCGGUUUGUGCUUGA